AGUACGAAGUUAGAGAAAAGCCAACACUUAGCACAUGGAUGCAAGGUGGAUUAGACUAUAUAAUGUUGCAGUACUUGAACACCGAUGGUAUCCGUACCAUUGGUAGUGUCCUUGGUCAAAGUAUUGCUCUUGAUUACUAUGUACGCCAGGUUGAUGGAAUGGUUGCAGAAUUUACGGACAUUAACCGAGAAAUGGAAACAACUGGAAAAUUUAAAAUGCAGAGGAAAAAACUAUUUCAGUUGGUGGGAAAGGCAAAUUCUAAUCUUGCUGAUGUGAUUCUUAAACUUGGACUCUUUGAGAGAUCAGAUAUAGCUUGGAAAGAUGCAAAAUAUGCUCAGAUAUGGGAAUAUCUCAGAGAUGAAUUCGAGUUAACUCAGAGAUUCGCAAGUCUCGAUUUCAAGUUGAAGUUUGUGGAGCAUAAUAUUCGCUUCCUUCAGGAAAUUCUUCAAAAUAGGAAAUCAGAUUUUUUGGAGUGGCUCAUAAUUGGCUUGAUAGGUGCUGAAAUCCUUUUAUCUCUUUAUGACAUUGUGCACAGAUCAACUUCACUAUAGCACAUGGUAUUUGGUGCGUACGUCUACUCAAGCAAAGCUCUGAUUGUUAAUGUCAAAGUUACUGUUGUAUAUUUUUACUGCUUAUUAUAUUGGAUUUUUGAUUUCGCAAUUCGUAAUUUUGGUUCUCUGAAUCUUGUAAAUAUUAUUUGAAUUAACUGUGCAAAUUUAAUUAUCAUAUAUUGAAUAACG